UGAAAGUAGUGUCAUAGGUAUUUUUGGCUUGUUAAGUUGCGUUUAGUCAAAUCGAAGAUAUCUUUCGGAAAUAAUCUAAAUAAUAAGUAAAGUCAGUUUUUUUUUUUUUUAUAAAAAAAUCAAUAGGGUUUUCGACUAAAUUUCAAGUCUCAAAAUGUCGCACAUUUCCCAGACCGGUAUUAACGAAUCCGAUAUUCUAUCCAUCAUCAAAUCGCCCGAGUCGGACAACACCAAGAUCGCCCUGUGCGACUCCUUGAAUUUGGCCACCUGUCGGGCAGAGAACUGUAAGCUAAGGCUGAAGCUGGCCGAGUGCGAGGCCAUGAUCAGGACGCUCCUGCAGGGGCAAAGGCAGGGUCACGAGAUAGGCGGCGGCACCUUGCCUGACCAGAUGGACCUUGAUUCCGAUGACGGAUCGCCGUCUUUAAGGGCCAUUUCUUCGCCGCUAUCCAUAUCCAAUACGGGCUUAGACACCGAGUUUUAUUUUCCCCUGUCGGAGUACGGAAUGUUUUCCAGUCUGGAGUAUUCAUGGCGCCACAUUGACGUGCUCCCUCCCAUCGAGGAGACGGACGAGGAUGAUGAUUAAAUUUUGUAGCCUCUAUCGCUUAUGAGGGAUAAAGAUGAAGGAUAUGGAUAUCAAUGAGGAUUAUUAAGACCACUCGCAGUUUUACCGUCAAUAACUUUUUCGUCAUCAUAGCCACUAAGAAACAAAUUCUUAAUAGAAGCUGAAAAUAUAUAUUUCGAAGAAUUA